AUGUCGUUCUUCUACGUGAAGAACGCCAACCCAUCCUUCGACCGUAUCAACCUGCCGGAGUUUAAUCCGGCUCCUCCGACCACCCGGCUCAACUGGGGUCACAACGCCAAGUCGGCGGAUCCGGACGCGGAGGUCAACCUUCUCUGGGACUUCUUGGGGGAGUGCGUCACUGCGGGCCGGCUGAGCGCCGAGGACCUCCUCUGCACCUACGUGGAGCGCCGGGUGAUCCCGCUCCAGGGCCGUGUCCACAAGAUCGGGCUUAUGUCCGGCCGGCUGGAUCCGACCCGGACGUCGAGGAUAGCGCUUACCAAGGCCCAAGUCGCUCACCGGGUGAACAACAUCACCAAGGCCAACAUGCCGGAAGACUGGGCGUGGGGGCUGCCGCCUUACGACCGGGCCGCGCCGCCUGAGCGGGGCCGCCAUAAAAUUUACUCGUGGCGGCAGCUCGGGCCGGCUGCGCGUGUUGCGCCGCCGUUCCGCCGGCAGAGGGAGCCGACGCCGCUGCCUUCGACACGUGCGCGCACGCCGCCCGUUGUCGUUGUGCCGCCCGCGGCUACGCCGCCUCCCGCGGGGGCGUCUUCUUCGGCUGCGCCUCCUUCAGCGUCGGGCCAGGGCGCUCAGGGCGAGUCGGCCCGGAGGCCCACUCUUGGCGACCUGUUUCCACACCGCGCAUCGCUGCUGGGGCCGAUCGCUGGAGCCGGCCGAGGUGUGCCACCGGCGGCAGGAGCCGGGGCCGGCGGAGCUGCGCCGCCCGAAGAGCCGGAGGUGGUUCCCACCGAGCCGGCCGCGCCGCCUCCGGCUUCGGAGCCGACGAGGGCGGAGCCUGCUGGGAAGGGGCCGCAGCGGGAGGAGCCGGCGCGCGCUAGGGACGCCGACUCCCGGGCGUUGGUGAGGUCAAAGGGCCCGGCGGUGUCGCCCACUGGCCUUCACGUGGCCAAGGGUGCCCGGUUGGUGAGCGUGCCGUCCGCCUCGGACUCCAGCUUCGGCUCGGCUGGCACCAUGGAGAAGGCCUGGAACCAGGCGGACUCCUGCGAGAUAAUCAGCCGGGAGGGGCAGCCCGGCACGGCGCCCCUGAAGAUGCUUUACUCCGGCUACCGCGCCAGCCUCAAGAACAAAGCCGCCGAGGCCAUGGCCCAGCUGGCGACGCUGGAGGAAGCUGACAAGAUGGUCGACGAGCGACGCACCGUCUUGUACAACAAGGUGGUGACCAGCUACCAUAAGGCCAAGAUUGAGCGGGCCACCUUGGCCCGCGAGCUGGAAGCCGUCCCGCAGCUGGAGAGGGACCUCCGGGUUGCUCGCGCUCAGUGCGCCGAGAGCGAGGAGGCCGGCCGCGCUGCGGCCGCCAAGCUCAAGGUGGCCGAUGGGGAGUUGACGCGGCUGCGCCAGCUGGAGAAGAACCACCUCGCCGAGCUCGCCUCCCUUAGGACGGCAGAGAAGGAGAAGGUGGAUGAUCUGAGCCGGCGGCUGGACGAAGUGGAGAGGCAACGUCUUGCGCUUCAGAAGGAGGUCACCGCCAAGUCCACGGAGCUGAUGGCUACUGCCAAGCACUGGACGGACCUUAUUGGCGCGAUCGAUCGCGGUUUUUCGGCGGCCUUCCCGGAAACGCAAGAUGUGGCUUUGGCAGCUGUUGGCGAUGCGCGCGAGGCCAGGGGGCGGGCGACUGGCGAGGGCAGCUCGGAGAGCUUCACCAUGGAGGACCACAUGUCCGCCAUCGCCGACUUCGUCGACAAACGCCUCUUCAUCGCGGAUCCGAACCCUCACUCUGAUGAGGAGGAAGAGCUUGAAGACGAAGGGGUCGAGAUGGAUUCUCCGCCACCUGCUGUUGAUCCGGCUGGUCCUGCUCCAGCCGGUGCCUAA